AUGGUGCGUGGAGCAAGGAAAGCUAUUGCUGUCGGAGUUGCGGUGGCUGUCGCAUGCGGUCUCCAGAAGCACUUGAAUUUUGUGCCUGGGCCUCGGCAUGCUGCUCCAGUGGCCGCAGCAGCAGCCAGCAUGAUGAUGGCUCCUGCGGCUUUUGCUGAUGAGAUCGGCGAUGCUGCAAAGAAGCUUGGGGAUGCUUCCUACUCUUUUGCCAAGGAAGUAGACUGGAACAAUGGCAUUUUCCUGCAGGCCCCUGGCAAGUUUCAGCCCUUGGAAGCUUUGAAAGCCAUUGACAAGAUGAUCGAAAUGGGGGCAGCCGCAGAUCCCAAGCUUCUGAAGGACGCAGCAGAAGCACAUCACAAGGCCAUUGGGAGCAUCAGCGGGCCAAAUGGUGUGACUUCGCGCGCUGACUGGGAUGCGGUGAAUGCAGCCAUUGGCCGUGUUGUCGCUUCGGUCCCCAAAGCAAAGGUCAUGGCCGUUUACGAUUCAGUAACAGCCAUCACGGACCCCGGAGUGCCAGCGUACAUGAAGUCCUUGGUGAACGGACCCGAUGCCGAGAAGGCCUACCAAGGAUUCCUGGAAUUCAAGGAUGUUGUUGAAAAGAACCAGGUGGCCACGGCCAGUGCUCCUGCAGUUGUGCCUUCUGGAGACAAAAUUGGUGAAGCUGCAAAAGCCUUGUCCGAUGCAUCCUACCCUUUCAUCAAGGACAUUGAUUGGCUGUCAGACAUUUACUUGAAGCCGCUUCCCGGCAAGACUGCCCCAGAGACGCUGAAAGCCAUUGACAAGAUGAUCGUUAUGGGCGCGAAGAUGGAUGGAAACCUCUUGAAGGCAGCAGCAGAGGCACACCACAAGGCCAUUGGCAGCAUUGAUGCCACUGGUGUGACGUCUGCGGCCGACUACGAAGCUGUGAAUGCAGCCAUUGGCCGCUUGGUGGCAUCCGUGCCGAAGACAACUGUGAUGGAUGUGUACAAUUCCAUGGCCGGCGUGGUUGAUUCCAGCGUCCCCAACAACCUGUUUUCGAAGGUGAAUCCAUUGGAUGCAGUGGCUGCCGCCAAGGGUUUCUACACCUUCAAAGAUGUUGUGGAGGCUUCCCAGCCUGUGGAGAGUCUUUUCACAUGCUGCAAUCCGGUGGUUGAAUGCAUCGGCCAAAUCGCCCAAAUCCGUGAGAUGGAGCAUGUCAAUGCCAGGAAAGCUCUUGCUGUCGGAGUUGCGGUGGCUGUCGCAUGCGGUCUCCAGAAGCACUUGAAUUUUGUGCCUGGGCCUCGACAUGCUGCUCCAGUGGCAGCAGCAGCAGCCAGCAUGAUGAUGGCUCCUGCAGCUUUUGCUGAUGAGAUCGGCGAUGCUGCAAAGAAGCUUGGGGAUGCUUCCUACUCUUUUGCCAAGGAAGUGGACUGGAACAAUGGCAUUUUCCUGCAGGCCCCUGGCAAGUUUCAGCCCUUGGAAGCUUUGAAAGCCAUUGACAAGAUGAUCGAAAUGGGGGCGGCCGCAGAUCCAAAGCUUCUGAAGGAUGCAGCAGAAGCACAUCACAAGGCCAUUGGGAGCAUCAGCGGGCCAAAUGGUGUGACUUCGCGCGCAGACUGGGAUGCUGUGAAUGCAGCCAUUGGCCGUGUAGUCGCUUCGGUCCCCAAAGCAAAGGUCAUGGCCGUUUACGAUUCAGUGAAAGCCAUCACGGACCCCGGGGUGCCAGCGUACAUGAAGUCCUUGGUGAACGGACCCGAUGCCGAGAAGGCCUACCAAGGAUUCCUGGAAUUCAAGGAUGUUGUUGAAAAGAACCAGGUGGCCACGGCCAGUGCUCCUGCAGUUGUGCCUUCUGGAGACAAGAUUGGUGAAGCUGCAAAAGCCUUGUCCGAUGCAUCCUACCCUUUCAUCAAGGACAUUGAUUGGCUGUCGGACAUUUACCUGAAGCCGCUGCCCGGCAAGACCGCCCCAGAGACGCUGAAAGCCAUUGACAAGAUGAUCGUGAUGGGCGCGAAGAUGGAUGGAAACCUCUUGAAGGCAGCAGCAGAGGCACACCACAAGGCCAUUGGCAGCAUUGAUGCCACUGGUGUGACGUCUGCGGCCGACUACGAAGCUGUGAAUGCAGCCAUUGGCCACUUGGUGGCAUCCGUGCCGAAGACAACUGUGAUGGAUGUGUACAAUUCCAUGGCUGGCGUGGUUGAUUCCAGCGUCCCCAACAACUUGUUUUCGAAGGUGAACCCAUUGGAUGCAGUGGCUGCCGCCAAGGGUUUCUACACCUUCAAGGAUGUUGUGGAGGUUGAUACUGGCUUCUCUGUGAUUGUUGGCCUUUGCAUCGCUUGUUGGUACUUUGACUGGUUUUCCGUUCGCAAAACCACUGGCGUGGAGCGGCUCAGCCGUUGGCUUCGAGCGCGUGAGAUCGCGGUGGUUGUGUUUGAGUUGGACGAUGUGAUGUGCUGCAGGUCACGUGGAGAUCGCGGGGUGUCGCUGUUUCAGCUUGAGGACUACUUCGCUGGCAUCAGCCAAGACUUCGCCGAGGUGGCCCCUGCCCUGGCGCGCCGUGGCUACUUUUUGGCGGUGGUGAUUCGUGGUUUUCAUCCUGCCAAUAGGGAAGAAAAGAGUAGCCCAUCCCGAUGGUGGAGAAAAGAGGUCGCAGAGGAAGCGAAGGAUGAAUUUGUGGAUGGCCCCGAGCUGGCGCGAAAGCUGAUCGCGCGGCGCUGCCCGGAUGCCUUGCCCAGUUUUCAGGCCAUUAGCACCACCCAGGACAGAAAGGUGGAUGGCUCCAGUCUUGAGGACGCCAUGCAACAAAUUGCCAAAGAGUACCGGGUGCCGGCGAGGCGGAUGGUGCUUUUUACGGCCUCUAACGCAUUUGAACAAGAUGGACAAGAUAAGACCUGGACAGGCAUUCACGUGCCUAAUCCCAAAGAAGGCUUCAGACACGAUGAUUACCAGCUACCCACAAGUCUUGAUGAAGGCUACUUGACGCUGCUUCCAGCUGUGUUGGAACAGGCGUGGGGUUUUGUCGCCAAGAGACUUUAAGACGGUCCGGCGAUGG